GGAAAUGAGGAUUCUGAUCAGUUAGCCUUAUUAGCCAAACUUGCGCUUUCUAAACACGAUAAUCGCCCCCUUCCUUCAUCGCUUCGCUUUGAUACUGGAUCUAAAUUUGGAGCACCUAACGAAGACGAGGUUGACUCUAAAAACCGUAAUAAGAAAGAUGAUCAUUCUGUUCAAUUUAAUUCCCAGCUAUCAAUCGUUCGAUGUCCUUCAGUCAUAAUCAGCUCACCCCGUAUUAUUUCUGGCCCUGGAACUGCUACCACAGCUUCUUCUCUUUUGUCGUCGCACAACAGAACGUAUUUACUUUCGUCUAAUCGAUCUGGUCAGAACGUUCCACUCCACGUGCAACGCAUUGGUCAGCCCGGCGCUUCGCACAUUUUGCUUAGACCACAGACUGCUUUUAUUUCAAAUGUCAGCGGAAGAAGACUCACACCCUUUACAUCCAACAUUAACAUACGUUGUAUUUGCGGUUUUACUCACGAUGAUGGUUGUCUUGUUCAAUGCGACACCUGCAAAAUUUGGCAGCAUGGAGAAUGUGUUACGGCUUAUCCGUCGACCCCCCUACCUUCAAUUUAUUUCUGCGAACUUUGCAAUCCUAGAACUUUGCGCGUGGCUGAAGCUAUUUCUCUCCAACGUCGCAAGCUUAAUGUAUCUGGUAGCAAUUCUUCCUCGUUCAUUUGUCCAAAAGGGCCUUCCUUACCUAGCUUUCGUCAACCCAACGGACAGUAUCGUCCGGGAACUAACAGCUCAUCCUCUCUUCCAGCGGCAAGCCGAAUCUUAGUGGCUUCGGCUGGUACGCCUGGCUCUGCUCGUUCUGGAUCUGUCCAAGUGCGUUUAACUGCACAACCCUUAGCUUCUGCUUCAGAGGGCCUUCUUCGGCAACGAAAGCCUACUAAUAACCAAACUACUGAAUAUGCAUUCUUUGCCUCUCAAACCGCGCAUGGAAUUCAAGGCCAUUAUUAUCGCUUAGGGCUUGACCGUCAUAGCUCCCUGCGUCACGUGGCCUCUCGUGCGAUUGGUAUCUCUGGCGCGUCUCUAACUGCUCCCCAAUCUAGAACUUCAAAGCGAAAACAGGAUCUGUACAACUGUGUUGCAGCACGUGAGUCAUUU